UUAGUUUUGCUCCUCUCACCAAUCAUGUUGCUUACGGAUUUUAUUCAGCUCUCCACACGGACAUGCAGCUGAAGUCAGAAGCUUUUUGAGACUUUCUUCACAGCUUUUGGCCCAAAUAUAAAUGACAUGUGGGAGUUCUCAAGGACUCGUUACGCGGACUGUAAUGGCUCAGAGGCGAGCGAGGAGACGGAGAUUGUUGUGAACAUCGGUGGUGUCAAGCACAUACUCUAUGGGGACGUGCUGAACCGAUAUCCCGAGACGCGUUUGGCUGAGCUGGUGAACCGAGCCAUGGAUUCCACGCGAGAAGAUCUUUCUGCUCUCUGCGAUGACUACGACGACUUAAAGCGAGAGUUUUAUUUCGACAGAGAUCCAAAGGCUUUUAAAUGCAUCCUAGAACUGUACUACUACGGAGAGAUUCACAUGAAGCAAGGAAUCUGUCCCAUGUGCUUCAUGAGAGAGAUGGACUAUUGGGUGAUCGACACAGAGUAUCUGGAUGAAUGCUGCAUGAGUAGUUUAAAUGAGGUGGAGACUGAGCUGGCGGAAAUAGCAGAGAAGGUCAAGACUAUCCUGGACGACCUGGAAGGUGAUGCAACAGUCACUAGAGGCCAGAGGUGCCAAGCGUUCCUGUGGAAGCUCAUGGAGAAACCAGAGUCGUCUUUAGCAGCGCGCAUAAUCGCUGUUGUGUCGUUCGCGUUCAUCCUGCUCUCCUCAGUGGUCAUGUGUGUUAGCACCAUCCCGGAGCUGCAAGUGCAAGAUGCCGAGGGAAACCUGGUGGAACACCCGACCUUUGAGUCCAUCGAGACGGCUUGCAUCAUCUGGUUCACCGUGGAAUAUAUUUUGCGCCUCGUGUCCUCUUCGAACAAAUUGCAGUUUGUGUUUUCCUUCAUGAAUAUAGUAGAUUUUCUAUCUAUCAUGCCUUUUUACGUAGUUUUGAUUCUUAACCAUUUGGGCACUGCUAUGAUGGAGCUUGCCAACGUCCAGCAGGCAGUGCAGGCGUUGCGCAUCAUGCGCAUUGCGCGCAUCUUCAAACUUGCGCGCCAUUCAUCCGGUCUGCAAACUCUCACCUUCGCGCUCAAAAGCAGCUUGAAAGAGCUGGGUCUGCUGCUCAUGUACAUGAGCGUGGGGAUUUUCCUGUUCUCAGCACUGGGAUACACAAUGGAGCAGAGCCACCCAGAGACUAUGUUCACCAGCAUCCCACAGUCCUUCUGGUGGGCCAUCAUUACUAUGACUACUGUGGGGUAUGGAGAUAUCUACCCUAAAACCACUCUGGGCAGGUGUAACGCCGCUGUCAGUUUUCUGUGUGGCGUAAUAGCCAUUGCGUUGCCAAUCCACCCGAUUAUUAACAACUUCGUCAUUGUUUACAGUAAGCAGCGUGUACUUGAAACCGCUGCCAAACAUGAGAUCGAACUCAUGGCGUUACGUGCGAAGGAGGAAGCGCAGGAGUGUUCGGGGGCUGGAAAUAUGGCUUCGGAUGACAACAGCUCGGUGUGUACAGUGCUGCUGUGAGCGCCUCACAAAGUGACACAUAUAUCACGUUACUUGGUGAAACAGCGACUGUUUCCAAAGUUCAACCUGACCACAAACGCAAGAAAAAGUAGAUUCAUCAAAAAUUUCGCUGUGAUUACUGGAAACGGGCUAAGCUUGAUAUCUAUCUAUCUAUCUAUCUAUCUAUCUAUCUAUCUAUCUAUCUAUCUAUCUAUCUAUCUAUCUAUCUAUCU